ACAUCUGGACCCAAUGAAAAAAUCACAAGCUGGAAAGCAUUCAGCUGGUUCUCAGAAGCGAACUUAUCUAGCAGAGCGCUUUGCACAACUUUAUUGUGUUAAUGGGAGGCCGUAGGAGCCCAAACAGCCAUUUUAAAUCAUUCAACUUUUGCAGUCAUUCCCCCCAGCCCACACCACACAGCAGUAGGAGAGAAUUACAUUUAAGUCUCGAGUGUCAUUCCUGGGGUGUUUUUCCCAAUUAUUCUAGAAAGUUUGAUCAAACAAUGGCAGCUGUACCACUCAGAUUCUUAUUAGUUUCAUUCUUUACAAGUAUCCUGGGAGAAGCACAGCAUGUAAUGCAAGAUGCCACACUGGUGCAUUAUAUCGACCGCCGAAUUCUCUCAAUAGAGAACAGGCUGGAGAAGUGCAACAGAGAUAUAGCAGACUAUGUACAAGAAUUUCGGGAGUUUUCUAAAAGGAUGAUGUCUCGCCUAGAAGGACUCAACAUUUUAAAGGCAGAACUGAAAAAUGAUGUGGACCAUUUGCUAUCAAGAGUGGAAAGAGCUCAAAGGGAUAUUGACUACUUUGAAUCAGCAAAAGAAUCUUCUAACACAUGUGUGGAAAUAGAUGAAGACCUUGUGGAGCAGCAGUUAAUGGAAGCAGAAGAGUCAAAAAGGAAAGUCAAGCUCAUGCUUAAUGCAAGUUGCAACCACAUGCUUGCAGGCAUCAAAUCCCUAAAGGUAGUAAGGAAGGCUGGAGACACUGAAGGUUCAUGGUUGAAAGACCCAGGCAAGAAUUACCAGAAGAUUUACCUCUUAACUGGGACAAAGAACAAAACUGUUUUAGAGUUUGCAAAUAUCCGUGUUUUUACUGAAAGCGGUAAGACACAAUCUGCUCGGAGAGUCACCCUGCCCUUUCCCUGGCAAGGAACCGGCCAUGCAGUAUAUAAUGGUUUUCUCUUUUAUCACAGACAUGGCUCCUUAAAUGAGCUAAUAAAAUUUGAUAUUCAAAACCGAAAUACAACUGGCCAGAUGUUCCUGUCAGGUGUGGGUGAGACACCUGUCUAUGGACUUCAUCCUUUUACUAAAAUAGACCUGGCUGUGGAUGAAUUGGGAUUAUGGGCAAUCUACACAGAAUCAGAUACUAAUGGGAAACUAGUCAUUACUAAAAUUAACCCUAAAAACAUGACUGAUGAGCACACCUGGGACACACCCUGUAAAAGCCAGAAUGCUGAAGCAGCUUUCAUGAUGUGUGGUGCUCUGUAUGUUUCAUACAACUCACCAGAGGGAGGCACAUCACACAUAGAGUGCAUUUAUGACACUUUACAAACUAUCAGUCCACAUGAAGUCCCCCAACUUCGUUUUCUCAGACGUCAGACAAGUCAUUCCAUGAUGCACUAUAACUCCAGGGAAAGGCAGCUCUUUGCCUGGGAUAAUGGGUCCCAGGUCAUUUACAAAUUCCUAACAAAGCAAAAAAGUUAAACAAACAAAUGCACAUAAAUAUUACAGUGAAUUUAUAAAUGCAAGAUUAAAGAAUAAAGGCAUAUAAUAUACUUGUUCUAUUUGCUCAUAUUUUAUACUCAAAUUUACAGCUAUUGUUUUUUAAAAAAUAAAAAAUAAGAGUUGCACCCCAGCCCCAAGAUCCAUGAAAGCUGCUGUGCUCAAGGCAGACUGUCCCCCUCAUUCCAAGGAGAUGAUUUUCAGGAGGGAAAGAAAAAAAUGACUCCCUGAGUGCAUCACC